UGUAUUUUAAUAAUGUUAAUCUUUUUUUGCUAUAUCGAAAAUGCAAGUGGUCAAAUUGAAAGUUUAUAUAGAGGGACAAACUGCAUCAAGCCCAUAUAUAUAAGUGAUAUAAAGUGAUUUAUAAAUCCUCUAGAUAGAACAGAGAUGGAGUUCAGUCAACUGCAAGAAAUCUUUCACGAGAUACAGACAUUUAUGUCUCAAGUAAUGCAGAUUAGAACUGAGCCAACUGAAACGUUACAGGCGCUAGGUUUACUUGAACACAAUUACGAGGCUUUGAAAAAUAUGCUAAUGAUCUCGGAUUAUAAGAAGGAGCUUGAACGAGCGGAACUUAAUGACCUUACAAAUUUAACUUCUGAUCUCGAUAAGCUCGAAGUGAAUUUCGAUGUGACCUAUUUGAUGAUUUGCGCCAUGUUCGGCUAUGAGGAAAAGGGAAAAGAGCUUCUUCUAAGAGGAGCGAGUGUGAACCAACAAAAUCGACAAGGUCUGACUGCGCUGAUGUUUGCCUCCAUGUUUCAGUUCGAUGAGUUUGUUCGGAUGUUGUUAGAGAACGGAGCAGAUGUCAACCUUAAAGAUAAUCGACAGAUGGACGCGCUGAUGUGGGCUGUUCUACAAGGACAUGAUGACAUUACUCAGAUUCUGUUAGACCAUGGUGCUGACGUACUUAGUAAAACUCCCAGUAGAUUGGACGCUCUACAUAUUUCUGUUGAGAAAGGUUUUACUAGUAUCGUUGAAAUGCUUCUGGAAAGAAAUGUAUGUGUUUCAUCCAAGUCAUUAGAUGGUUGGACUCCUCUUAUGAGAAGUGCUCGCUUGCAAGAUUCUAAGAUUGCCAAACUACUUUUACAGAGGAAUCUCAAUGUCAAUGAAACAACAUUUCAAGGAAUUACUGCAUUGCAUAUAAGUGUAAUGUAUCAAAAUUUGAAAUGCAUACGCCGCCUUCUUAAGCGAGGGGCUAACAUUAACUGUAAGGACAUUAUGGGACUGACACCUUUAAUGUAUGCUGCAGGUUUUGACAACGUACAAGUGAUCUGCACACUCUUUGAAAAUGGAGCAACUAAAUCUAUAAAUGAUGUUAAUAACACAAACCAAAGUGCACUGUUUCGAGCUGUGAUCGGAAAUGUAGAGAAUAUAGUUCAUCUUUUAAUAAGUGCAGGGGCCACGACUAAUAUAUUUGACAUAAAUGACUUUUCUCCAAUUAUCUAUGCAAGUUAUAAUCAGCGCACAAGCAUUGUGGAGCAGUUAUUAAAACACAAAGACAGUGCAUGGCACAAAAGUAAUGAGUUUGAAACCUGUCUACGUUUGGCCGUCAGCAAAAAUGACGUAGGAACCACAAAAUGUUUGCUGAACGUUCAAAAUGUAGAACAAAUUCUGUCAGACCGCAAAAAAUUGAACACUACAAUUCUAUCUGUUGCUGUGAUGAAUGGGAAUAAAGACAUGGCUAAACUUUUGCUGGGCGCCGGUGCAGAUGUCAACGCUGUAAAUGGUCUACUACAAUCUGUAUUAUUUACCAGUAUCACCCAGAAAGACGUUGAUAUGGCUACUCUAUUGGUUCAAAAAUAUGGUGCCGAUGUUAAUUUGAAAGACUUCAGAGGUGAUACGCCUCUUAUUUUAGCAGCAUCUUCAAAUAACAAACCAAUGGUUGACUUAUUGCUGAGUUAAGCUUCUAGGCACGAGUUUAAUAUGCAAGGUGUCUCUGCUUUGAUGGAAGCAGCCUCAUUCGGAAAUUAUGACAUUAUCAGAGCUCUUCAUGUAAAGAGCUAUGACCUAGAGUUUUCAGACAAUAAUGGCUGGACACCAUUAAUGUU